AUGGCGAGCUCAACCACCAUCCAUGCUACCGACCGACACCCCCCGCCCACCCCCACACGCGCGACGGACCGCCGCCAACGUUCAACCACUAACUCUGACACCCGACUGACCACGCACGACACCCCGAGACCCCUACCCCCUGAGGCCCGACCCCCUACCCUCGCACGACGACCUCCGCACACCCAAGCGAAACCGACCGCGCCCCCACCCCCACCCGACCGGGACGCACGAUACACACCACCCACACACACGACACCCGACCAGACCCACUCCCCCACUAGACGACGCCCCCCUCCCCCCCCCCCCUGGACACCCCGGACGGGACCGACAGCCACGACCACGAACACCCCCGACGAACGACCCCGAACCGGACCCCGACCCACCAACCGCUAA